AUGCCAGAGAAACUUGAUUUUCAGUUCCAUCAUGUGCAGUUGUUCGUCAACAGGCUGAAACCUCUCACUGAGUAUAAGAAACUCGAACGGAGGUUGAACAUGCUCGCUAAUCGCGGCCAUUUCGAUCCCUUCUCUGGAGGGAUGCGGUACCUCGAGCCCAAGGCUCAGAUGGACAGGGUAUUGGCGGGAAGACAGGUAUGGCAGGAGAUUAUUGCCGCAGAGGAGGAGGGGGGGGAAGAGGGUCAAGAUUCAGACAUCGUAGAGCAGCUCAUCAUUGGACUCGGUUGGCGCGUCACAGCAGAGUAUCGAGGUGGAGGAACUCGAUGCCUCCUCGUUACUUCAGCUGAUGCCUGCGGCGUCAAGCUCUGCGUGACAGCCCUGGAGGAGGAGGAGAAGGAAGAGGCUUCCGCUGCUCCCAGCCUCUUCCCGCACUUCGACCAAGAGCUAGUGAGGACCAUGUUCGAUGCUCACGGGGGGAGGCAAGUCAUCGGGGUGCUGGGGUUUGAGGUGAUGGAAGGGAUCGAGGAGAUCGUGAGGAGGUACCAGCAGAAGCAUCCGAAGCUCAUGAUCGACCAGCAGCCGCACACGUGGCGAGACGUGCGAACGGUCUGCAUCGGAGGGAAGGAGGUGGUGAAGGAGCUGGGGAGCAUGAGGAUCUUUGAUGUGUACGCCUACUACAAGUCGGAGGAGGAGGCUGAUCUAGGAACGAGGCUGCGCUUUGUGGAGAGGAGAGGCAACUACGCGCGGGCCGAAGGAUUCUCCAACCCCCUCGGAGUCCUGCCCGGGCUGGAGGACGUGAACGCAAAGUUUGACGGGACCUCGAUCCCCUCCUACUCUGAUCACUGGGUAAGCAACGUGAGAGACAGGAAGAAGUUUCUGCAAGUGCUGCAGGAGACUCUUGGGUUUGUUCCCAAGGUCGAGUUCAACGCAGGUGUGGUGGCGGCAGGAGAGGCCAUGAUCGAGUCCACUGUCGUCGGGAACACCAGUGCCCACCUCUCAUAUAAGGAGGAAGAAGUCCUGCGGGAUCAGUCGCAGGUCUACCUGCCGAUCAACAACGCUCUGAGCGAUGCUGGACACGUUCACUGGUUCUUGGAGGAACAUGGGCAGGGGUGCAGCAUCUUGCCAGCCGUGUGGAGGACCUUGUGUCUUUUGUGGAGCGAGUGA